AUGCGUGCCUCUAUCAUCGUCGCUUCUCUCUCCACCCUGGCCAUCGGCGCCUUGGCUGCUGACUCGUCCAGCUCCAGUGAGGGCAACCCCGCUACCCAGUACCUCACUCAGACCAACUCUCUGGGUGUCGUAACCGGCCAGCCGCUCCCUGUGACCACCCAGCCUGCCGCUGUUACCUCCCAGGAACCCGCUGCCUCGAUCCCUGCGGGCCUCACUUCCCCUGUGGUGACUCCUGCCACCAACACCGGCUCCUGGAGCAGCAGCAGCACUGGCUCCGCUGCUUCAAGCAGUGGCGGCGCUGCCUCCCCCAUGGGCAGUGCCUCUGCCUCCAAGAGUGGCUUCGCCUCCUCAUUCAAGCUCACUACCACCGCCUCCACCGCCAUGACCACUGGCACUGGGACUGCUACCUCCGCCGGAACUGGCUCCUCCGGGUCGUCUUCCGCCUCGUCUGGCGCGUCGCCCACUUCCACCAACGGAGCUGCCAUGGCCACUGCCGCCCCCAUGGGCCUGGCCGGUCUGGCUGCCCUGGCUGCUUUUGCUCUGUAG